ACACCCACUUCUUUUCUUCCCCUCUCCCUCUCCCUCUCUCUCCCUCUUUCUCCUUCUGUCUCCUCCAGUCCGUCAUGGCAUCCCCCCGGUUGGAGACUUUCUGCUGCCCGAACCGGGACCCAGCGACAGAGUUCGUGGUCACCUUCCAGCCCGUCCUGUUCGGGGCUCUGAGUCUGGGAAGCGCGGCUCUGAGUCUGCUCUUUGCUAUUUUACAAAUUCUGCCAAAACGCAAGGGAUACAGAAGGCUGGGGCAGUAUCCGCUGCCAAGGCCCGCGUCCUCCUCUCGGAUCCUCUUCAUCAUCAGCAUAUGUGACAUAAUGGGAUGCGCAGGUAUCAUUGUGAGGUCAUCUGUCUGGCUGGGCCUUCCAAACAUCAUUGACAGCAUCUCGGUGGCCAACAGCACUGAUGUCUGGCCAGAGGUCUUCUGCGUGGGCAGUGCGAUGUGGAUCCAGUUGUUUUUCAGCGCUUCUUUUUGGUGGACCUUCUGUUACGCUGUUGACGUCUUCCUGGUGGUGAAAACAUCUGCAGGAAUCAGCACCAUUAUCCUCUACCACAUGAUUACGUGGGGUCUGGCUUUGCUGUUGUGUAUUGAGGGAGUGGCCAUGCUCUACUACCCAUCCAUCUCAGAUUGUGAGCAAGGCCUCCAGCACGCUAUCCCUCACUAUGCCACCACAUACGCACCUAUGCUGCUCGUCCUUGUAGCCAAUCCCGUCUUCUUCAAUCGGACCGUAUCUGCAGUGACAUCUUUACUGAAAGGACGACAAGGAAUCUACACAGAAAAUGAGAGACGGCUGGCCAAUGAGAUAAAAAUACGCUUCUUUAAAAUAAUGCUGGUGUUCUUCAUUUGCUGGGUUCCCAACAUCAUCAAUGAGAGCCUCCUCUUCUACCUGGAGAUGCAGACGGACAUCAAUGACAGCGGUUUCAGGAACAUCAGAAACGCAGCCCUCAUCACAUGGUUUAUCAUGGGUAUCCUGAACCCCAUGCAAGCUUUCCUCAACACUCUGGCCUUUCACGGCUGGACGGGCUUCGAUGUUGACCUCAGCCUGCAGCGGAGGAGGGAGCUGGCCUGGGACUCUGUUUCUACGUCAGCGCCCAACGCUACAGGCCAUAAUCCCGUGGUGGGGAGCACUCUGCUCUACCAGAGUCAUGUCCAGGAAGCCAAGAAGAACAUGAUGGGCAACGGACAGCACCACUCAGAUGGCAUCAGUGUCCUCUCAGAAGGUUCAGAGUCUAGUACAGUUGAAAUCCACAUUUCCAGCGAGCUACGAGACUAUGAGGAUGUAGACGCUGAUGGGGAAUCCUUGGAGAACUCUGUGAGGCACUAGCUGGGGCGAUCAACAACACGCUCCCCCUCUACUUUUUCCUGUGUGACAUUGUUCUUUUAGUUACUUUUGUUUUAGAUAGCCUCCUCUUAGCCCCCCAUUGUCCCGUUGAGAUUUACCCAGAUAUUAACUGGUCACAAGAUUUCAUUAGUUAGUACGACAGAAUAAGUCUAGUUCUUGAUUCCAAGCCUUUUAUUUCUUCCUAAGCUUUUUAAAUCUGUCUGCAGUACAGUGCAGUGUUACCUCAACUGUACAGCAGCUGAACAGUCCCAAAAGCUACUGCACUGUCUCUGGUAGCAGUCAGUCUACAGACAGUCAGAACAAACAUGACAUUUUAAUAUUAAUUUCUCACAUUUUUUUAAAGUGCCUUAAAUGCUUGGAAAUAUUUGUCUGAGCAAAUUCAUUGAAUACGAUGCACACUACUUUUAUGAUACACACUCUUGCCAUUAGGCUUUCUAAGCACAACAGAAUGUAAUGUAAAGUUACUGUAUUUCCAACUGUCUAUCUUGUAUUUUUGCA